AAGAAUUGUAUAUAAGUUAUCAUGUUUUGAAUGUACUGCUGAUGCAAAGUGUCUGACUAAGAGGUGCAGGCUAGCACCUCUUAGUGCAACAACAUGCCUUGCAAAAGAAAACCACAAAAAGUCUUGCCCUCUGACUGAACUUCUCUUUCCUGCUCUAACUGUGCUCUAGCUGAACUUCUGUUUUUCAGUCCUUAAGCGGAGGUAUCUGAGACAGAGAAACGCGCCUCUGAAAGAUGUGACGAUUAAGCUAUGUCUAGUAUGCAAAUGUAACCCCACCUAUAACUUGUAACUGAGCUUUCGAAUAAAUAUGCUGUGCAUGGGAAGUACCGUCGAAGUUGGCUGCGACCCACUCAGAGGUCCGGACUUCCCUUGCAAAUCCCACAGCAGGAAAAUGGAUGAAACUGAAGUUCUUUAUAGUAUUAAGUCCACAAGAGUGAGAGGAAACACAGAUGUGGCCACACCCUCUAUGGAUGAACCCGAUUAUUCCAACGUCAACUAUUCAGAAACUCAGCGACCUGCAUCAAGCAGGCGAUCGGGGGUCACAUGGGAGCGAGUGGUCCUGCUGGUCCUCAGUGUUCUCCUGGCAGCUGCCCUCACAGCUCUUGGUGUAACCCUUCAUGAAAAUACUCAAACAAAGAAGAGACUCCAAAAAUAUCAAGAUGAGGCAAAAAAUCUCACAGAAAUACUCAGUGGGACAGAACCGAGCAAAGUGGAGCAGCCGACUAAACCUCCUUCAGUAAGAGAUGAAACAUGUCCGAGGUGUGAGGACGGCUGGGAGCCACAUGGAGGAAAGUGCUACUUCUUCUCCUGGGUUACUUCAUCCUGGAAUAAGAGUAGAAAACAAUGCACAUCAAUGAGUGGAGACCUGGUUGUGAUAAACAACAGAGAGGAGCAGAGAUUCCUGGAGUCUAGAGUGAGAGGAAAAAUGGAAAAAGAUGAG